UACAAGUAUAGAUGUACUAUAAAGGUUGAUAUAUAAACUAUAACAAUAAAAAUCAAGUGCAAUAUAAUAGGCUCAUAUCAAUAUUUAAUAAUAACAUAUUCAAACAAAUAUGCAAAUUAAAAUUAAACAAGCAAAAGUGGGUGUGAAAGUUAUGAAUUGAAAAAGAAAAAAAAACGAAUUGCAACGGAAAUAAAUUGUUAGAAAGUUAACAUGGUAAAGUAAGAAAUGUGAAAGCAAUUAUUCUUAAAACAUAGAGCAAAGACAGCAGACGUUAGGAAACAAAGGAUUAAAUUAAAAAAAAAUUAGAUGGCAGCUCAAUUUAAGCAACUCGGUGGUACUCCCAUAACGCCAGAAUUGGCAGUGGAACUAAGACAAUUAGUUUUUGGCACCUCGGCCAUACCCAUGAGAGCAGAAUGGACUCAAACUCCCUUUACCUUUGGUUCAGCAAAAGAAGAAUUUGCCUAUGGCUUAAGGUCUCCGCGUAAUGCUACCCGCGGUCUAUUAUCAGUGGUUCAGGGUUUUAUAUUAAAACAUUUGCUAUUUGGUCGUAAAUCCUCUAGGAGUGCUGCCAUGGCAGAUCCUCUACAACCCUCUCUCGAUAUGCAACGCGAAUCUUUACUCUUGGCUUUAUUGGAAAUUUUACGUUCUAUAGCGGAUAAAUCAAAAGUCGUUAUGGUUUUACCAUCACCCGAUGAUGAGUGUUUUGUGGAACAUAGCGCCACCUAUUUUCAUGAUGGCAUAACUGAAAAGCUUUAUAUUUUCCAUUUAAAUCCCAAUGAGGAAUUGGAGUUUUUUGUUAAACGUUAUUUUAAAAUUUUUACCGAAGAAGAUGCUCCUGGUACUUUGUUGUUUUUGUAUAGCGCUGUUUUGACACGCACUAUGGGCAAGGUACGCAGUGACCUCGAUUCUACUAAAAUUGUUCCCCUAACCAUGAGCAACAAUGAGGAAGGUUCUCUAAUGAUAGUAACACUUUUACUUACCGGACGAGCCACGCCCUACAUACACAAUGGUGUUAUAAAUGUGGGCGAUGAAAAUAGUUAUGCCUCUCCCCAAUAUGGUAUUUUAAAACGUUGUGCCAUUGGUUUACUGCUGUGGGAAAAUGAAAGUGGCCAGCUUAAUACAGCAGUGGCACGUCAACCAGGCUCACGCCUUAAGACACCCAAUUGUCCCAUAUGGAUAACACUGUGUGCGGGACAUUAUGGUGUCAUGUUUAAUAAAAAUCCUGAGCUGUUGCGUAAUUAUCAUGCUGAAUCACGUUUUGAUUUGUAUUACUAUAGUUGCUCGGGUCGUGAAAUAGCCAUGACUAUUGAUAAUCGUGUUUAUAACGAACAGGCUGCUGGUAUGUUGGAAAAUCAACAAUCUUCUUCGGAAAAUACUUCUAUUGCGGCUAGACCUUCGAAAGAGGAUAAUUUUUCGAAGGAUGAAACAUCGGCGGCUAAGGAUGAGCCGACGGUUAAUACGCCUCUACAGAAAUUGGUGCAUACUAAAUGGGAAGAGGCUCAAAUUAAGUUUCAUGUCCAACCCUCCAUGUUGAGUUAUUUGUUUAGUACUCAGCAGUAAGAUGGGGCUGUGGGGUUGAAGAAAUUGUUGUAGAGUUUUUAAGCGCUUAAAAGUGCUAUUAGUUUUCUAAGGCGUUCUCAAGGGCAGUGCUUAAUGCUUAAGCUUUUUGAUUUAAUUAAAAUAAUGCAAUAAAAUCUUUUACAAGCU